AUCAACGCUCCAGAAGAAAUGGCAGACAAUGGCGUAGACUCAGCCGAGUGCGAGAGGAUUUUCAAGCGAUUCGAUGCGAACGGCGACGGGCAGAUCUCGGCGACGGAGCUCGGCGACGCAUUGAACGGAAUCGGAGUGAGCUCUGAAGAUGCGAAGAGGAUGAUGGACGCCAUUGAUAAAGAUGGCGACGGCUUCAUUUCGUUCCAAGAAUUCUUCGAGUUUGCCAAGGAUAAUCGCGCUUUGAUGAAGGAUUUUGCCAAAGCCUUUUAGAUUUCUUUUUUUUUCCUUUUUAUUUUUUUUUUUCUUUUAUGGCUACAAUGAAGAAUUAAUAUCACAUAAAAUCAUACUAAAUAUGUUUUUAUUUAUUUCUC